UCGCUGAGGCCCAUGUGUCCGGAAAACAAGCUCCGGUUGUUCUGGUUGUGUUUUCUGACAGAGAAACCUCCGGAGGAGAAGCUGGGGAGUUGUAAAACUUGGAUCCGGCUGGUGUGACGGGGGGGCCGGCGGGGUGAACCGGUGAACCCCGGGGUUGAAACAUGGGCCUGCUGGCGAGGAUCCGGAAGGAAUGGUUCAUCAUCGGGAUAGUGCUGGUCAUCUUAUCGGCCAAACUGCAGCCCAGCGUCGGUGUCAGGGGAGGUCCUCUGAAGCCAGAGAUCACCAUCGCCUACUUCGCUGUCUCGCUCAUUUUCUUCAACAGCGGCCUGUCUCUGAAAACAGAGGAGUUGACCAGUGCGCUGCUUCACGUUCGCCUCCACCUGUUCGUCCAGUCGUUCACGCUCGUCUUCUUCCCGCUCGCCGUUUGGCUGCUGCUCAGAGUGCUCGCACUGACCGCCAUCGACCAAUGGCUGCUCAGAGGGUUACAGACGGUGAGCUGCAUGCCCCCUCCGGUCUCCUCCGCUGUGAUUCUCACCAAGGCUGUCGGAGGCAACGAGGCUGCUGCCAUCUUCAACUCAGCGUUUGGAAGCUUCCUGGGAAUCAUAGUGACUCCAGUGCUGCUGCUGCUGUUUCUCGGCUCUUCAUCCUCCGUUCCCUUCUCCUCCAUCUUCUCUCAGCUCUUCAUGACCGUCGUGGUGCCUCUGAUCCUGGGUCAGGUGUGUCGAGGUUUCCUCAGGGAGUUUAUCGAGCGGAGAAAACCUCCGUUCGGCGCCGUCAGCAGCGCCGUCCUCCUAAUGAUCAUCUACACCACCUUCUGCGACACCUUCAGUAACCCCAACAUUGAGUUGGACCCCACCAGCCUGCUGCUGGUCGUCCUCAUCAUUUUCUCCAUCCAGGUCAGCUUUAUGCUGCUCACAUUUGCCUUUUCUACCAGGUCGGGCUCAGGAUUCAGCCCUGCAGAUACUGUCGCCAUCAUGUUCUGCUCCACACACAAAUCACUGACUCUGGGUAUCCCCAUGCUGAAGAUUGUGUUUGCGGGCUAUGAGCACCUCUCUCUGAUCUCAGUCCCUCUGUUGAUCUACCAUCCGGCUCAGAUCCUGCUCGGCUCCGUCCUUGUGCCGACCAUCCGUAGCUGGAUGACCAGUCGGCAGAAGUCUAGUCUGUUGUUGAGAUAGGGCCACAUUCCAACACUGCUGCCCUGAGCGGUGAAGCUGUCAACCCUCCAGCCCAUCUGAUGAGGAUGAAAUCAGUGUUUUGCUGGUGUUUUUACUGUGAUUCAGCAGACGGAGGUGGAGGGAGACAUUAGACAUACGUGCCUUAUUACAACCAAUCAACAGAGACCUCAGCGUGACGGAGGAGACAAAGGCUCACUUUUUGCCUCAAUUUUCUUGGUUUCUGUGACAAUGAAAAACUCCCAUUUCGUAUUUCCAUCAGAUAUAUUCUUUUAUAUUUAAAAGAAAUGAAAGCACAUGUUUUAUUUUUAUAUGGAAUACCCAAAAAAUCCUGCAAAAGCAGAACAGCUGUUUCUUUUGUUUUUUAUAAUGGAGGGUUUGGUUUGAAAAACAGCAACUGCCAACAGGAACUGGAUGGGUGGAGUUACUGGGACCAUUCUUUUUUAUUUUUCUUGCUAUUUUCUACAGUUUUCUACUCUGAGCUAUCACUGCCAGAAAAUGAGGACAGUUGUUACAUUUACGUUCUUGAUAGAAACAAACAAUGCUGGAUGAUCUGACUUUUGAUAUACAGUAUAAUGUUUGGUUUUGGAAGAAGCAGUCCUGCGAUGAGGGGAUGGUGUUGAGUUAACAAGUGAUUGAUUCAAAUAAUGAAGUUACAAAAUGAUUAUUGUGAUAGUGAAUUUAAGUUAAUAGCCAAAAUAUCAUCAUCUUUCUUGCAUUAUUCACAAAUUCACUUCAUCUGUUUUUAUAUACGUGUCUUGAUCAAAUUCCUGUCCACAUUGCCUCAGACUCUUACCAAAUACGUGGUUGUUGGAACAAUAAUGAGGUACGAACCUAAUGUUUAUGAUCAAGGCUGCUAUCUAGUGCAUUAAAGAGCAGAAAAAAUUUGAAACUGACUAAAAAUGCACAAAAUAUUUUGAAAAACAAAGGUCCACAUAUUCAUCUAUAUGUUGAUGACACCCUGUUCUAAGUUAUGUAGUCCUGUUGACAGUCAUAUCAUUUUGUCAUGGUCCCACCUACCAAAAUCUUCAAACCUAAUUUAAAGAAAUGAAUGUCUUGGAUCAGUCUGAGGUUGUAAAUCUGAAUUGUGUCCUCCUCGUGGCCUGUUAAUUGGUCUGAACAUUGCUGAAAAAAUCUGAAUUUUAGGCAACGUUUUAGAGGUCUGGAACCAGAUAACUAGAACCACCUUUUCAGCAGGUUUACAGUGAAUGUAUCAUCACUACAGCCAGUUAGAGCUGGAGCUUCAACACAGGACAUUCAGUCCAGUCCUACGGUAUUUUUAGACAAGGUUAACUGAUGAUGUAAAGUCUGUGGACCAAACUGAAGUACUUGUAUGAUCAAAGGGCAAGUCUUUGCUUGCUAGCAUUCAGGCAGUAUUGCUCUAUGUAAGUAGCCUUACAUCCUUUUUGUAUUUUACAUGAACUCUGGUUUCCCUUGGACUGAAAAACGAGGCAAUGAGAACUAUGAGAGUGAACCAAAACAUUAAAUUUGUGGACUGCACAGAUAAACACUGAGCUGAAACUCACUAUAAAUCUUGGUUAAGCCAAGCGCAGCUGCAGAUUCAGGUGAUAAUUAUCUGUAGCCUAAGCCUAACCGUACCUUAAGCAUAGUUCAUUUGUCAUAACUACAAUCUUCCCAUAACCUUAACCAUUAUAUGAGGUGCAGAUAUUGGGAUUUUGCAGAAUCCUCUAAUAUCACCUAUCUGUCAAUUUUCUGGAUGUAGUCUGUGGUAGUGGUGGUGAAGGUGGUGGUGGAGGAGGCAUCCCUAACUGCUGAAUUACUGACUGGGAAUUGUUGCAACAAUCCAAAUGUAGAUUUCAAAUAUAAGAAGAUAAAGGAUUAAGGGAAACAAAAGCCUGUUUCUUGACCUAAAAGGAAAACAUAUUUCAUGGAAACCUAUUUUAUCAGACUGUUCACUUUGACUGAGAAUGUUACUGAAGAGAUUUUUGAAUCUCAGAUUUCUCCAAUGUUCCUUAAUGAUGGAGUCAGCUACAGUUAUUAUGGGGAUCAUUUUACUGGUCUUCUACUGCUCUGUCCAGUGACGCUCAAGUUUACAGUCAGUCUCUGUCUGUUUACAGUGCGAUUGUUUUUGACAGUAGUAUAUUUUGACAAGGAAGAUAGUGAGUGGGAUAUGUAUGGGUCUGCUCUUCUACUUAAAAAAAAACUAUAUGGAAAUAAACCUACAAAUUUGGAAAACCA